GGUAAUUUUUUUAUUCGAUAGUCACAUAAGCCGAUAGACCGAUAUUGCUGCUUCAAUUGUCCUUCUCUUCUCAGAUUUCCCAUCACUGCCAUCAACGUGCUCUCUUUUCUUUAUAUUACUUUUAUCAAUGCGCAAGAAAAAUAAAUCAAAGGGAAAGGAAAACAAAGACGCGCAAUAUGAGUGAUCUUGAGGAGAUGGACAGCGAAAGGCUGAAUGAGCUAGAAUCGAUCCUAUAUGCCUCAAUCCACUACAGCGAUGGAACUGGCGAACACACUGCCGCGGAUCAGCCUGCGAUGGAGUCACCUACUGACCAGGAUACCAAGAGCAUGCCACCGCCAACACAACAGAAACAUCAAAAUCCUGGCCAGCGUUUUGUCAGCGGAACACGAGUAGUGAACAACAAAAAUGCGGGUCAUAAGCAGAGGCCACGCUAUUGGGCAGAGGGAGCAGGCGCUGAGGGGCAGGUGAUGCAGGCGGACAAACAGCAGGCGACCACAAACAAAACAAUCCCAGAUGAUGAACCUUUAGCCCCGGUACCACCAAAGGAUAUUGAAAGACCAAACGAUAAAAGCCCAUCGGUGACACAAAAAAAAGAAAUACCUAACCAACCAAAACCAGUAAAGCAGUCUUUAGUACUUCAGCAAAAUCAACAGCUAAAAGAGCAGCAAAUUCAUGAACCCAACCAUCAGGAGCUUAAGAAGCAGCAAAAUUCACAACAGAGACAGCAACAAAAUCAGAAGCCAAAGCAGCAACAAAAUCCGAAGCAGUCGCCAGUAGUACAAAAACCAAAACCGCAGGCUACCACACCCACCAAAGUCAACUAUGAAGCCUACGAAGAAGAACGUUUGGACCAGAGGCUCCUUGUUGCUAUCCCACCGAAUUGUUCACCCAAAAGGGAGAGUAAACCGCAUCAAAAGGGGCAGCAGCAACAGCAAAACAAACAGCAGAAGAAGAAACAACAGAACAAACAACAGCAGCAUCAAGGACCUGGACCUUUUGGCAAGGCCAAUCGCAAGUUGGAGCUGAUGCAGCGGCUAGAAGGCAAAAAACAGAAAUCUAAGCAAGCACAGUUGAAUAAAAAGCAACGAAAGGGUCAAUCUUCACCGAUUGACUUUGUCGAUCUUGCAGAGAGCAGCCUAUCCUCCAACGACGAUGUGGUGCACGUCCCUUUGCCCCCAGAACCUAUCAUCGAUUUGGAUACAAGCGAUGGAGAGCAUACUACUACACCAUCUGAACUGUUUUACGAGGAGAAUGCUAUGGAUGCUUCGGACAUGAGGAUUGGUUCGACUUGUACCUCUGAACCGGAGGCGACGGCAGUCGUAACUGGCAGUAUCACACCAUCUAUGCAUUCGCCUUGCUGUUCCGUUAUGUCCAGUGAUGACUUUAUAGUACAGAAGGAUACCAGCCGCUUUUUGGCAGAACGUGAAGAUGCCAAUGAUGAUGAUCUCCUUGUGCUGACAGAAAAGGCGAUAAGGGAAACAAUCGGUCAAGAAGGCCAAGAUAAAGAGGCUUUGGAAGAAACACCUCAAGAUCAUGAACGAAAUCCCACUGUUGAUUCGUCCUCGGAAUACGAAUUUGUGCCACCUUCGCGUCUGGAGCAGAUUAAGCAGAACUUUCGUGUGGAUGAACAGCAAUUUCGGGCUUUAGACGUUUACGAGAGUGAAUCUGAUCUCACUGAGAGCGGCAUCUACUCGAAAGCCAAGAGCAAGGUCGUACCAACUAUCAUACGCAGCAUAGACUCUCCAUCAGACUGCUCGUCAGUGGAGGUUGUGGAGGCUAGCGUGCAAAAGACUAAGCGUCUGCGCAAACGCUCCUGUUCAACUAACAAUCACAGUCAGUCGGACGCAAACAACGAGGAUGGAGUGGAUGAUACAGACAGUGACGAUGGAGUUCAUUCUACUGGAGUUCCUGGUAUAUCCCGUGGCAUGGCAGUAGAGCGAUGCAAGCGUAAAAUCCGCAGAAUCAGCGCUAGACAAAACUCGGAUGAAAUGCCGAAGAAGGCUUCACGCAUCCAAAAGCAAAGGGUUUCUGCGAGUCAGGAAGGUAGUUCUGAGCCCACUUCCGAGGACGAACUGCCCAGUGCUAGGGAUAUUGCUGAACGAUUGCUUAAUCAGAAGGAAAGGCAAGAUAGAGAUCAGUUACAAGAAACUACUGCUGAUGCUGUGAACAGCGUGUCUUUAGAUUCCGAAGCAGAUUGCCAAGCAGAAGCAGAACCCCACGAUUCAAUAUCAGAUCGCUUAACGGCGGUAUUUGAGCGCAUUGAUGCCCAAGCCCGAAAAUCUGUGGAUGAAGAACAAAUGGAUGCCAGUGGAUACUUAUCUGAUGAAGAAGAUUCCCUAGAUAAAACCGCAGAUACAACGGUACGAUCGGAGGAGGAUGUAGAGGUCUCCCAUGAACUUGAAGAGGCGGAUCUGGAUAAAAACGAUGUAGAAGUGACGAUGGAGGACCCGGCUAUCAAAGUGGAACACAACUUGUCGACUCUAAAUGACGACAGUCUGCCCAAGAGUGGGGAACUCAUUGGCUGGAACGAGGAGAUGUGCCGCUUUUACAACGACAGCUGGAAUGGAGAAAACUUCUCUGUGCAUAAGCUGCAAAAAAGAAUGAAUGGACAUCGCCAAGACUGGAGGCUCAACAAUGCAGAUAGAUAUCCGGUAGUAAGACCCCGCUCCCACUCCAAGUGCACGAACUGCUUUGAGAUGGGUCACGUGCGGUCCAAGUGCCCGCGUCCCCGUAAGCCACUCGUUUGCGCUAUAUGCGGCACCGUGGGGCAUGCCGAACCUCGCUGUCCCAAUGCUAUAUGUUUUGGGUGCGGGUCAAAGCAGGCGAUUUACGUGCAACAGUGCAACAAGUGCUCCUUUCACAGCCGCCUGGUAUGCCAGUUGUGUAAGAUGAGGGGUCACGGCCAGGAUCACUGCCCAGAUAAAUGGCGACGCUAUCACUCUACGACUCGAUCCAACGUGGAACUGGAUAGCAGGGUGCAUUACAGGAACGUACAGUGCAGCUACUGCGCCGGACGACAUCUUUUCGAGAAUUGCCGACAACGGCUUGGUGACUUUCGUGCCAAUAACUAUACUAGCCAUAUUGUGUCGCAUCAAAAGAUUUACCAGAAUCGGGGUGGACCCAUAGGAUACCUUGGUGAUUUGUCCAGUUUCUUUACCAUCGAAACUCCCUUUCACUUUAAAUGGGAUAGUCCGAAUAUGCCCAAAAAUAGUUACUAUUCAAAGUUUCUUAUCCAUGUAAACUUGGCUACAUCACAACCAAUCAAAAGGAAGUCAACUACUGCUUUGGCGGAAAUUCCAAAGAAGUUUUUUACCAAUGACUAUGUGCCCAAUGCCCAAGUUAAGGCAGCUCAAGGGGACGCCUCCACCGAGGCGUCUAGGAAAUCGCUUACGAAGCCAAAUAAGCAGCCUGUUGUGCAAGAAAUUGUUGAUUUGGAACCAAAAGAGAUACAGCCGAAGGAGAAGCAACCUGAUAAACCUCUGCUAAAUGAGAAGGAACCUAGAGAAGAUAUAUCUAAAGAGGUGCAAGUUGAUAACAAGAAACCUACAGACCCGCCUAAUAAGGAAGAUUCGUCGGUUUCCAUUCAGGGUGAAGAGAUCACUUCCAAUUUUCAUACCUCAUUCGAGACCGACAAUACGAAGCCGGCAGUGACACCCCAUGAGAUAGACUCGGAUUCGAAUUACAGUUUUUCUGAACACUUUGAUGUGCCCAGCUCGACAACAAGUGAGAAACCUCAGCAAAACAAUUCCCUGUCUAAUCUGCCCGAUGUUAUACCCCUAAGUUCAACUUUGGAUGACGAGUUUGAACUCUCCUCCAACGUUCAGGGAAUUUCCAUGUGUAUCAACUCCAGCAACGGUGGCCGUCGUAGUGACAAGGAUCCUCAGCCGGACUCCAGUGAUGACCUUCCCGAUAUGCCAAGUGAGGGCAAGAUUAUCAUGGCGCGCGACCAAUCCGAGUACCUUUUCAGUCCCGAGGGCUGGGAUUUCCUGGCAACGGCCGCCAAACAGUGCCAAGUAACUGUACGCAUGGACUUCAAGGAAUAUGGGUAUGUGCUGGUCAUUUAUGGCUUAAAAAAGAACCAGGAAGAACUGCAAUUAAAACUGUUGCAUAGAAACCAGGAGGUUAAGCGCAAGAGCAUUGAGUUCCAGAGCCAGAAACCACCAAAACGGAUCGAUGUGCUUAUCCGCUUUAUGCGAGAUGGGAUCAAUAGUCUAAGCAGCAAUCUGGGCAAAGCCAAGAACCACUAUAUGCGCAUCAAGGAGCUAGAGGCGUUGAAUACAAGAAAUGGCUUUAAAAUGGCAGAAAAAAGGCGUCGAAAUCUUAAUAUGAUAUUAGUUGGCCAGGCGGGACUAGUAAAUGGCAAGUCCCAUCUUGAUCAGUUGCUGGUUUUGUUGCGUCGCCUAAUCGAUGACUUCUCGCCGGAUGAUAACGCCACGCCAGAAAUGCGCAACGAAAUAGAGGAGCAUUGGCGCAUGAUUUUCACCGCCUAUCCACAUCCGAAUUACGAUUCUUUACUUACCAGCUAUGCGCGUCUGGGUCAGAAGAAUCGUCUGCCCUCGAUGCACAUUGACCCCUUGCUUCUGGGAUUGCAGCCAACGAAAACCCAGAGCCAGCCUCAGUCACCAACUAAACGGCCCCCUUCGCCAACUCCUUCACCGCCGGAAUGGCAGCAUAUGGCUCCUCCACCACCUCCGAAAAUGUUGAAGAAAAAACAGCGUCAGGGUCAGGGGCAACAGCAACAGCAACAACAGGCGCAGCAGCAACAGAAUCAACAACAGCAGCAUCAGCUACGUGUGCAACAGCAACAACAAAACCAACAGCAACGGUUGCAACAACAACAACAAAAUCAACAACAGCAGAAUCAGCAGCGUUUGCAACAGCAACGACUGCAACAGCAGCAGAACCAGCAUCGUUUGCAACAAAACCAACAGGAACGCUUACAGCAACAGCAGCAGAACCAGCAUCGUUUUCAACAAAACCAACAGGAACGCUUACAGCAACAGCAGCAGAACCAGCAUCGUUUGCAACAAAACCAACAGGAACGCUUACAGCAACAGCAUCAGAAUCAGCAACGAUUGUCACAGCAACAGCAAAACAAUCAGCGGUUGCAACACCAGAGACAACAGCAGCAACGUACGCAUCAGCAAAAUCAGCAGCAAAGUCUGCAACAGCAGCAACAAAACAACCAGCAACAGCAAUUUCGACGUCCUCAGAUCAAACAGAUGCCCUUUAACAAUCCCGAGCAACGAUCCCGAGCCGAUCUGCAGCUGCGCCAGGCUCUCAAUCCGGAGUGCGCCCGCUUGCUGUCUGAGAUGGACAACGAACGUGGUAGCAUCAACAAGGACGCGAACAAACCGUCCAUGUUUUGGUCACGCGAAUCGCUGAAGUACCUCGACGAUCUUUUCAAGAUGACCUCCAAUGUGGACACCGUGCAUCGCCUCAACCGGGUGCUUGAGCGAUCACAGCGUGGUCAGCUGUCGCACAACGACUACCGUGCCGUUAUUCGACUGCACUCUCUAUUGUGCAACUGAUGGUUGGCCACGGCCUUUGGGGUUUUUCAUAGGGGGGUCACUUUCGUUUUGUUUAACAAAUGCCAACAGAUUUCACAAUGGGUAUCUGAAAGAUAUUACCCAAAAACCGAAUAAAUACAUUACUGACUAUUUUCAAAAUA